AUUAUGGUUAACGAUCGAUGUGAGCGUGUCCUUUGGAGGUGGUUCUGGGUAAGUUGAGUCGCACUGAUGGGAACUCUCAGCUCUUCCGUGCCCAUGCUGUGUGAGUAGUGCAUCGGUGAGCCUCUGUAUUGUGUUUUGAGGAUUUGGGUUUAAAUAUUCAAAAUGGCGGACGGAGGAGCAGCGAGUCAAGAUGAGAGUUCAGUACCAGAUUCUAAAAUGAGUAAUCCAUCGGAAACAAGUAAAUGUGCAAUGGAGAGCGGGGACGAAAACACUGGUGCCCAAACAAAUGGACUGGACUUUCAUAGGCAGACUGUGCAAACAACAAGCGCAAUCACCAACGCACACGCACAGGCCUUGCUCCAACAGUUGACUUUGACUCCAGCGCAGCAGCAGUUAUUGCUGCAGCAGGCUCAGGCUCAGCUCUUAGCAGCAGCAGUGCAGCAUUCAGCCGGCCAGCAGAGCAGCACUACAGGAGCCAGCAUCUCUGCCUCCGCUGCCACCCCCAUCACCCAGAUCCCCCUCUCCCAACCCAUCCAGAUCACACCUCAGUUACAGCAUCUGCAACAGCAGCAGAACCUCAACCUGCAGCAGUUUGUGCUGGUCCAGCCGGGCCACCACAUCGCAACACAGCUGCAGCCUGCGCAGUUCAUCAUCUCGCAGACACCACAGGGCCAGCAGAGUCUCCUGCAGGCCCAGAACCUUCUAACUCAACUACCUCAAAGCCAAGCCAACCUCCUGCAGACCCAGCCAAGCAUCACACUUGCCACACAGCCUGCUACACCCACACGCACGAUAGCAGCGACCCCCAUCCAAUCCCUUCCUCACAGCCAGACGACACCAAAGCACAUCGACACACCCAGCCUGGAGGAGCCCAGCGACCUGGAGGAGCUAGAGCAGUUUGCCAAGACCUUCAAACAGAGACGUAUCAAACUGGGCUUCACGCAGGGGGAUGUUGGCCUUGCCAUGGGAAAACUUUAUGGAAAUGACUUCAGCCAAACCACCAUUUCUCGCUUUGAGGCCUUGAACCUGAGCUUUAAAAACAUGUGCAAACUGAAGCCUCUGCUUGAAAAAUGGCUCAAUGAUGCAGUUUGUGCAGAGAACCAGACGUCUGACCAGGCCCUGUCCAGUCCCAGCUCUCUUGGCUCACCUGGGCUGGGCAUGGAGGGCUUGAACCGCCGCCGCAAGAAGAGGACCAGCAUUGAGACCAACAUCAGAGUGGCCUUAGAAAAGAGCUUUCUGGAGCAGAACCCAAAACCUACCUCUGAGGAGAUCACCAUGAUCGCGGACCAGCUCAACAUGGAGAAAGAGGUGAUCCGAGUAUGGUUCUGUAACCGCAGACAGAAAGAGAAGAGGAUCAACCCACCCAGCAGUGGCAGCGCCGUCAGCACUCCUAUCAAAGCAAUCUUCUCUCCCGCCACACCUCUGGCACCGAAUACAGCAAGUCUUGUGACCAGUAACACUCUCACCAGCACUAGUGUCUCCAGCGUCGGUUUCACUGGCACAACUAUUGGCUCUGCUAGCACUAACACUGCAUCAGUCAUCUCCACUGCACCUGUGAUCACCACCGCAGCAUCCUCUCCUUCGCUCAGCCCUUCUCCCACCGCAGCGCAGACGUCCUCUUCAGAGCACACUUCAGCUCAGGGGACGGUGACGGCUGUAAGUCAGGCACCUUCUUCACUGGCGGCAACUCUGGGCACUGGGCAGGUGAUGGUGGCGGGACCCAGUCUUUCAGCCGCUCUGCAAGGAGCCACCCAGCUGCCCACCAGCGCCAGCAUCGCUGCCAUGGCUGCAGCCGCAGGCCUCAAUCCUGGGCUCAUGGCGUCUUCACAGUUCACUCCUGGCGGGGCUUUUCUAAGUCUGGCACCCGGUGGUCUCGGGAGCGCUUUGAGUCCAGCACUGAUGAGCAACAGCACCUUGGCCACAAUCCAAGGUGUGUGGAGCGCUCUGGCAUCUAGUGGCAGUCUGCCCAUUACAUCUCUGGAUGGGAGCGGGAACUUUCUGUUUGCCAACACCAGCGCUGGCAGCACCCCUAACCUCGUGACGGCACCGCUCUUUCUGAACCCUCAGAACUUGUCAUUGCUUGCCAGUAACCCGGUCAGCCUGGUGUCUGCGGGAGGGGCCGGGGGGGCCGCCGGAGCCCUCAACCUGCACAUCACCGCCGAUGCCCACCAGAGCGCUGUCACUACAGCAACUAUGCCCGCCUCCACCAUCACCACGGCCUCUAAGGCCCAGUGAAAGCUUUACCCACUCCUCUCCUCUCCUAGACCCCUUUCCUUUAAUUUCUUUUAGUUUUUCUUUAAUCUCUUGCUACCACCAAAAACAAACCUUUUAAAUAGGAUUUAAUGCCGUUUUAACGUUAUUUUAAUGUUUAAGUUUAUAUGUUCUUACUUUACACCUUAAUCUGCUAUGUUUGGACCUCAUUGAUGGGUUGACUUUAUCCAAAUCAACCGUAAGCGAAUGUUGGCGUCUCCACAGAGCUUGCAUCAGGAGAGCAGAAACCUCCCUGGACAUUGUGCCAAGUCUCUAUGCGACGCAAAGACAUAUUCGUUUCAGUGAACUCGCUCUUUUCUCCCAUUUUCACAUCAAACCUCUUCUUCAGAGGUAUUUCUGAAAUGCUUUUAACCAAAAAACUUUGUUUACUGUGUUGAAUGAUACCUUCUUACAGCUGACAGUAACCUCUUCUUCCUCACUGUAGAAAAAUGUUCUGUCUAGAUCCUGCUUUACAGACGUUCCUGUCCCCGUGGAACGUUUCCUUUUAGAUGCACAUGAUUUAUUUUCAACCAAUGGGUUAGCUUUAUGUCCAGUAUCUUACUAACUUGUGGUUACAAGGCUUUAAAUGGAGUAAUAAGCAGCUGUGAUGCGGUUUCAUUGCUUUAAGGAAUCGUUCGACUGGCCUUUCUUUCUAGUGAAACGCUUUCAGAUAUUGUUUUCAUAUCAUUUCGUAGUUUACCCAGUAGCAGAAGACUAAUCUGGGUCUGAAUCCUCACCCAGUAACAGGCUCAUUUAAUAUACUAAAAGCUUUAACGAAUUAUGAAAUGAUUCGUCAAGGAGGAGUUGUUCGGCGUGGGCAAAAGUAACUGAGCAGUACCAUCUACUUUGAAGCUUCAGUAACUGAGAGCUGGUGACGUUAGCAUCAGGACUAUGUAACCACGUAAGGUUAACCUCCUCACGGUCUUCCUAACAUGGGAUGUACUCACGGUAUCAC